UCUCCUGCAUCCCUGAGUAUGUGACUUGCUAAGCUCCCGUCCAUCAGUCUGGCAUCAGCGUGAAGCACAGGUGGAGCGUUCAUGCAUGGGCCUGGGCGCUGGUGACCUCUUAGGUCUGACCUCUUAGGUCUGCCGUACGGCUUCGGGAUCCAUUCUUCAGGGAAGCAAAACUCGUCCAGAGCCGCUCAGCCCAUCCUGCCCGGCUGCGGAGCAAGCCCACCGCCGUGGAGCCACCGCUUGCGCCUGUUGGGAUGCUUCAUGGACUCUCAACAACAAGCAGCUCAUGUGCGUGUGGUCCCUUCGCAAGAUGAAACACGUAGCGGCAUCACCACUGGAUAAGCUUUCGGAAGUCCUGGCUUGUUAUUUAAGCAAGGCCAGGCUGCCCGUUGUGAUUUUUGGGCGCUCGUAUCCCCAGUCCCUCUCCUGAGUGGCGCUUACAGCGACGAACGGCUCGUGGGUCCCGAGAGCCGUGCCCCUGGGGAUGUUCUCCCUUGAGCUCAAAGCAGCAGCAGUCGACCUGGACCGACGCAGCGGGGUGUAUUUUGGAGCCGCCGGGAAGGAGCUCUCAUCUUUGGAGCUACCCCUGAGCAGAUGACUGACAAAGUGAUGAAUGGGAGGGUGCCCCUGCCUGAAAAAGCCUUGUCCGAGGGCUACGCCCGGCUGCGGUACAGGGACACCUCUCUGCUCAUCUGGCAGCAGCAGCAGCAGAAACUGGAGUCGGCCCCCCCCAACACUUACCUGAGCCGGAGUCGGAGUAUGUGGUACUCGCAGUACGGCAAUGAAGCCAUCCUGGUGCGGGACAAAAACAAGCUGGAUGUCUCCAGGGACACGGGGCAAUCUAAGUUUUGUGCUAUUAUGUAAUUUCGGUGGCUUUGCAUCAGAAAUCCACACGUGGAGACAAACCAGACUUGUAUCAAGCUGGGGGAGAUGGCGUUGCGCCAUCCUUACGACAGACCUGCGGCUAAAGCAGCGUGUACAGGAUAGGCCAGAAAGGCUGUCAGACUUACGUUUGUGUUUGCUGUUGGUAGCAUCAGGUUUUGCAUGUUAUUGAGUGUGUAUAACGAAAACAGUCUCGCUCGGGAAUUCAUGGGCCUGUGUUUGCUGCCUAGCAUCUUGGCAGGGUCCAUGCUGGACCAUGUGGUGAUUGUAAGUGGCUCGUGUACCGUGAGAAACACCCGCUGCCAUUUGGGAACCAUCCCCAGCGGGCACUUUUACUUCCUCGUCCUUACCCAUUGCCAAAGCUCUGCAAAUGCUGGUGGGAGAGAGGCGAGCACAGAUCCGUUUCCAUCGAGGCUAAGAUUUUUAGGAAGGUGAUCUGCAAAACUACGCAGCCAUUAUUUGUUCUGCUUGCCCUGUCUCCCUUUAAUUACUGCCCUGGAAGUGGUCUCUUACAACCAGGUAACGAAGUGACGUAUUGUGGGGGGGAGGAAGGAAGGAAUGUAUGGAGAAUUUAAUCUGAGCCUUCAAAACACCUGGCAGGAAAGGUGCACUGCAGUUUCAUCCUGUGCAAAGCAAAGGGCCCUCUCUGAUGCCACAGUUCGGUAUUACAGAAAUAACAGACGGGACUUCGGAAGUUGGUGGAGCCGACCCCCUUCACGCAGCUAGAUUCCCAGCCCACGCUUCAGGAACGGAUCACCAGGUGAACCGCCUGAAAGGGAGGGACAGGCUCAGGAAAGCAACAGGAAGAAAGCUCCUGUAAAUACACACAUCUCCUGCUGAGGGACGUAAGCAAACUCCUACACAGCACAUACCUGCCCCCAGAGGCUGGUUACAGAAGGAAAUGGUCUACUGAAGUUUGCGUUGCAUUUAAGUUUUAAUGCAUGCAGUAGCUUGGAAGCGUUUAUCUUCUAAGUCGGGUUGGAUAGUAGAUUUGGUGCAUGCAUUUUAAAAGUUGUGUCUGGGAGUAUUUGUCUCAAUUAACUGAAGGAUUUUAGGAGGGGAAAAAACCUACAAUUGCACUUCUUGGGAAUAGAGACUGCUUUCAGGCUGUUUCCGUUAGAGCUGAAUCCCUAACUUGCUCAAGGCAAGAUCAAGCUGAGAAACUCAACCCAGCAAGCACCUAAAUCUUUAUUGAAAACAAAGCAGUACCGCUUCCAGGGGUGCUAAUUAUGUGCCCAGGGUUCAGCAUUAAAGUCUAACAUUGGGCUUAAGUCAUAGACUCCCUUUAUGUCCUGCCUAGGACAUCCUCCUGCAGCCCCAUGUGCCUAAUCCAGCGGCGCUUAGGUAUAGGCUUAACUUCAGGCAAAUCAGUAUUUGGUGUUGACUUCAGCAUGGAUUAUUUACCUGCCUAAAAUUAGGCACAGUCAUUACUUAUAUUUAUCUAAAACCUCAUGUUCAUUUAUCAAGCACUUUAUUUAUUUUUUUAAUACAGUGAAGAAUCUCUUCCACCUCUCCCGCGUGGGUUAAAUGCUACAACACACACGCGAGUUUGCUGAACUCAAUGCGCUGAGCAGAACAUACCUGUCGUAACGUGAGAUUGUGGAGGUUUGCUGUACUCAGCCCUGAUCUGUAGCACAUGUACGCACUGCAAACCACAGGCAGCUCAUUUUUUUUAAAGUACUAUUUAUGCAUGCGUUGAUGUUUGGUACCUUACGUGUGUGCUCGUGAAACUAAACCUGCUGAUGGACCUCAGCGCUUCGCAGACCUGCGCGUUGCUCUGCACGCUUGCAUAGUCCUCUUGAUCUUGCCAGGACGAGCUCUGGCUGAGAAAUAUUUUGGUCAAUAAAUGUUUUUCAACUGGAGAAAAAGCAUUCAACAAGAUUCCCAGAACUAGCGAGAGUCGGGAAGCUGCCGGCAGCGGUGCUCCUGUACUGAGCGUGCUGUUCGAGGUAGGGCAUUGCCUGGGAUGCGUGACCCACCCAGGGCUCCAGGUCUGAGCUGAGCGAACCGGUGAUUAUUUAUACAGGCGCGCAGGAGGCUGGGCUGAGAGCUGCCCUGGAAACGGCGGGUGGAAGCGACCUGGAGAGGCAGGAGAGGUGGGCUCAGGGCCUUUCCAGCAGCCCAGGGGAGCACGCGAACUCUGGGAGUUUAAGGAACAGCACAUCCCCUAAACCAGCUGUUCCUUUUCUUUACUUUUCUUAUAGAAAAACAAACACACAGAGAUUUUUUUUAUUAUUUCAGUAAGAAAGUUGAUUUAUUUUGGGUAUAAUCGGUCUCUUUUUGUUUAUGUGGCUGGUAAACCAAAAUUCAGUUAUUUGAAGAGUGUUAGUUGGAUUAUACAAGAAUAAAAACUUAAGUAUGUGCACAAAUUCUUCCAGGAUUGAGGCUGGACAUGACAGUCCAGGAGGAGUGCGACUUGUUCUUCCAUCUCUCUCUGAACGUGACUCUCUUAAUUUCCGGAUCUGCGUUCCCUUAUUAGUCACAGCAGGCUCGUGGAGUGGCUGCUAUGAGUGAGCAUUUCUGUAAGCCCGUUGUGUCGUGUUGAUGCACUCGUUUAAAAUGCUGUUGUAGCCUCUUUGAUAAAGUGCAUUAAAAUGAU